AUGUCAACAGAGCUUUUCUACAACUGUACAUUACCAUGGUUUGGUCCAAUAUGUCAAUAUAUGUUCGAUCAAUACGAACCUCAUCAUUCGUCAUUUACUGAAAUGGUUCAUGAUUUUUAUCGAGACAGGAGUGGAUCAAACACAUUAACAUGCUACAAGCAUUUACAAUGUAUUCGUGGUCUAUUCCCGGCAUGUCUCGAUUGGACUGAAAUUUGUGAUGGAAGUAUCGAUUGUAUCGAUGGAGGACGUGACGAAGAACACUGUUGGCAAGUCGAAAUCCACGAGUGUCAGAAAAACGAAUAUCGAUGUUAUAAUGGACAAUGUAUACCUAUCGCUUUCUUACGUGAUGAUCCGUCAAAUCCCGAUUGUCUUGAUGGAUCUGACGAAAUUGAUGAAUUUGGAAAGAAUGUGGCGUGCAAGACUACCGGUCCUGUAUUUCGAUGUGAAGAGGCCAUGUGUAUGCAAAUUGGUAGGGGAUCUGAUACAUUUGUGAAAAAAUCAUGCAUACAAGAACGUGACUAUCUGAUAAUGAGAGCAAUGCUUUCUACUGAACAAAAUUUUGUGAACAGUAAAUGUUGGUCAGCAUUCCUCAAUGUUUGUCGAUUACUCAGCAUUUUGUAA